GCCCACCAGCAUGCUCGCUCUUGGCGAAGCCUGAGCUGCCACUCGUUCCUGUUUCUAGAAACUUCAAGGGUCAUACUCAGCUUUGCCUUCCGGGGCGGCGCCCUACCUUUCUCCUUUCUCACAUCCCUCCGCCACUCAUCAGGUUAAUUGCAGAUUUCCUUUUUCCAAUUUGUUCGCACCCCACAAACCACCCUCCACUCCCCACCAGUAUCUGACCAAAAUAUAGCUCCCUUCCUGAAUAUCGCACCGCCUGCCACAGGCUGCAAUUGUCACAACCUGUGACCUCCCUGCCAACUUUUCCUCCAGCCACCAGUCCUCUUGGGGACCUGCCUCCUCGCUAUGCUUUUGCAUCUCCAAUUCCUUUGGCCAGAAGUCUCCCCCCUCCCACUCCACGUGAUUCAUCCUUAGAUACCCUAGUUACACACUGGUGAAUCCUUGCAGGUCCCCACCCCAGUCCCAGUGUCUCUUUCCCUAUUGCAUCCACAGCAGCUGGGACUUGCCCUUGUCCUAUGUGUCACUUGUCCCUACAUACAGUUGCCUCCCCUACCUACCAGACUCUAGCUUCUUGAGAGUGCUGGCUGGGUCUUGUUCUCUCUGUCCCCCAAACACAUAGUACCUGACACAGUAGUCAUCAGAAAAAAAGGAAAGAAAAAAAGAAGAAAGAAAAGUGAACAAAUGGAAGAUUUGAGUGGCUAGCAGGGGUAUUGGUAAUUCAGUUGAGACGCCUUCUUGGAGGCCGCAAUGACAAGGGUUAGAUGUCAGGCAGAAAAGAUUUAGUGCAGUGAGAAGACUUCAGGAAGACCAGAGUGUUGAAGUACAUUAAUAUAACAGACAUUGAACACCUAUUGUCAGGCCUCAUGUUGGGCACCAGGGACCUCGGUCUGCACUCAGAUUGCAUCCUUUGUAGCAAAGAAGAAAGACAAGGUAGGCAAUGCCAGUACAGAGUACCAAGUGUCACAUGCUGGGCCCCAGGUCAAUGCCCCAGCCAUAACAGGAGGCAGCCCAAGAUAAAUGAAUUUUCCUGGAAGGAUGUUACCAGUGCCUUGUCCCUGGCCAACAUGGUUCUGGGGCUCUUCUCCAUCUUCUGCAGCGUCAGCAGGAAACCUCAGUCUGCCUCCUGGACGCUUCUGAUCAGCUUCCUGCUAGACAUGGCAAUAGGGGCUAUGAACAGACAAUUCAACAUAUUAUGCAAAUCAGGAGCUGAGCUGAAUGACUUUGCUGUCUUCACCACCUUUGGCCUGGCCUCGGCCCUUCUCCUUGGUGCGGAUGGGCCGCUGAAUGGGUUCCUGGCCGUCCUCUAUGUGUUAACCACUUCUUUCCGCCUGUGUUUUUAUUCAUCUGGUGAGUGGAACCCACAAGUUUCCUUAUCCUAUAAGGGUCUACCCUGCCCCUAUGCUUCCUGUGUUUUGGCUUCCACCUCCCUUCUGACCAAAGGCAACCCUUUCAUCCUCGGCUGCAUGGCUUCACUUAUGAUGCUAUUCAUGAUAGACCAGAGCUACUACCCAUAUGAUGAAAUUCUGGAGUCAGACAGUUGGAAAAAAGCAGUUUAUGUGGGAGGUGUCUUCAUGGUGUUUUUCUUCCCAUUCUCCCUCACUGCGUUUUACUGUCUGAUGUGGUCACUCUCCUACAUCUUCUUCCCAGAUGCUGUGUGGAGCAGGGCAGCCUGUUUUAGAUUCUAGCACUGAGGAGCUGCAGCUCUACCAACUCCUGCUGACCUUUGUGGGAUUUGUUCCAGCAUAUCGGGCCAAGCCUGGCCUUAUUUAACCUCACUAAAGCUUUUACUUGUGCCUGUGUUGUCAUUUGCUAGAUAAUGCAAUCUCUGUUGUCUUGAAUCACAGCAACCCACAGUAGGCCUGGAAGCCAUUGCUUCUUUCUCUUUAUUCAGGGUUCUGGUUCUCUUUGAGGCAAGACUUGUACAUGUCAUGUGGAACAGAUUUUUUUUUUCCCCAAGCUAAGUUUGGGCUGAGUUUGUGUUCCAGCUGUGUCACUAGCUAGCUGAACUUGUGCAUUAAGGUGUAUCCCAUGGGAAGGAGAGAGGCCUCCAGAGUUGGUAUAGCCUCCAUCUCAGCCCUGCUAGAUCAGAAUCAGAAUUACCCUAGUGUUGGGGUGGGCUCAUGUUUUACACUUGCGGACGCUACAGAACCUGUCACAGGACAGUUACACUGUCUGCUUGGAAUAUGUGUAGAGUCUUGUAACUUAAAAAUUCUGCCUUUUAACAGUCUAAAGCUUCUGCCUCACGGGCUAGAGAUAUAGCUCAGCUGGUAGAGUGCUUGCCUUGCAUGCAUAAGGCCCUAGGUUCAAUCUCCAGCACUGCAAAAAACAAACAAAAAACCUCCUGCCUGUUACUUUGGUACAGAUUGGAUGAAUUGGCAGCACAGGGCAUCCUCUGGCUUCCUGGAUGUCUUUCCUAAACUCUCAACACUAAACUCUAGAUAAUAAAAUGCUACUUCAUCUCCUACAUACAUCAAAUAUAGUAUUGUCCAUUAUCAAAUGAUUGUCAAAUACAAAUCAAAUAGAAAUAAACAGUAUUGUAUGGUAAAGUUGUGCUCACAGAGAACUUGGGUCCACUGGAUAUAGUGAGCCACAAAGUGGCCCUUGGACUUUGGAUCCAGAUGGGACGCCAAGAGGAUGGCUAGUGAAUUCUGCUCCUUGCCCAAAGGUGGCGCCAGAGCACCUUUUACCACAUCUGACUUUGAAGUUUUCACAAGUGCUUGUGGUAAAUAAGCAUCAAAUUUACAGUAGGAUUUUUUAAAAAUACUAAUCCAAAGAAGCCCACAUCACUCUGAUUUAACUGUAGAGGAGCAGGUAGCAUCCUCUUCUCUACUACUUUCUAGUCAUGUCUCUUACAUCAUUUGUAUUGUCCUCAUGGUUAGAUGAAUAUUCUGUAUCCCACUAAAGUUUUAAACUGCUUCAGUUUACAUUUACAUAGUUCUGUGACAAUAAUAUUUACUUUAAGGAUGAAUUGAUUUGUGGAUUCUAGUGAGUUAUACACAGGUUACUAUACUAUAGUACCUUAGUGGAAUCUGAGGGGUCUAAGCAGUUCCACUAGUCUUAAACUCUGGGUUGAGUGUAGAUGUGCCUCUUGAUCUGCUAUUCCCAACCUGAAGGACUAUUUUGUCUAGUGAGCAGACCCAAAUGACAGAGAAUUCUGCUACAUUUUUAGCUCUGUAAACUUGAGUAAAGUGUUUAAUUUCUCUCAACCCACUUCCUUAUCAUAAAGUGGAAGAUUUACUUCCUCCCAGGGUUUUAUGGACUAAAUACAAUGCAUAAAAUACCUAGAAUAGUGAAUGACAUGGAAAAGGUGUUAAAUGCUAAAUUGCUCUUUUUCUCCUUUCUACCUUCCUCUUCCCAUAUAUAUCCUUCAACUUAAAAUAAUGGUAAUAAUAGUUCAUAUCUACAAUGUACAUACAGUAAAUGCAUAAUUAAUAUGUAUUAUGUGAAGAACUGUCCUUGCAUUUUACUGUUUCACUUAAUGCCCUAAACAAUCCAGUGAGGUAGGGGACCACAGGCUUAAGGCCAGAAGUUCUCAAAGUAUGGUCUGUAGACCUCUGGGGUUCCUGAGACCCUUUCAGGAUCAAAAUUAUCUUCUCAAUAAUCUGAAAACAGGGACUGCAAUGUUACUGUGAUGUUUUUACUAAUGGAGCAAAAUCAUGUCUUGUUGUGACUCCAGCUGGUCCUGGGAGUCAGGGCACUUUCCACCACCACUGGCUCCUUUAAGGAAAACAAAGCAGUUUCACUUAAGAAUGCUUUUGAUGAGGCAAUAAAAGUUAUUAAUUUUAUUAAAUAUUCACUCUUGAGUGUACCUUUUUAACAUUUUCUGUGCAACGAAAUGGAAAACAUGCCUGAAAUACUCCUGCUGUAUACAGAGGUAAUGUUUUCUCCAGGAAAGUCCUGGUUUGAGUUUGAGUUGAACUGACUUCUUUCCUUAUGAAACAACAAAGGAUUAUUAACAGACAAACUAGGGUUGUUCAGACUGGUUUUCUUGAAAUAUGAAUUGAGUAAGCCUGUCACUUCAAGAAACAUUCUUUGUUGCCAGGGAUAAAAUUUUAGUUUCCAUGUGAAAAUCUGUUUUUUGGGAAAACUUGUAUCUAUCAUUGUGAGCUUGACCCCUUUCUAAUUCUCUUUAAGAGUUUUCCUGUGAGUUUGGUGGGAUAUGAAUGAAUAUGUACUUUUGAUGUUGCAUAAUGCAAUGUGUCAACAUUGGGAAGACCAGCAUAAUUCAGUGAACCGGGUAUUUUCGAAAUGACCAAUGCAUUUAUGGUUUAGUGCAUUGGUGCAUGCCUGUAAUUCCCGCAACUCAGAAGGCUAAGGCAAGAGGAUUGUAAGUUCCAGGCAGCCUGAGAACUUACAGAGAUCCUGUCUCAAAAUAAAUAAGUUCUGGGGAUGUUGCUCAGUGGUAGAGUGCCCUUGGGUUCAGUCCCCAGUAUCACAAAUGCUUGUGCACAUACAUAGUUAAUUUAUAAUGGACUUUUAUUCUACAUUUUAAAAUUAAUUAACAUUUCAAACUUUUAUUCAUUUAUAACAUGGCAAAAUGAUACAUACAACCUGCAUAAACAAAAGUUCUUUUGGGUCCUUAAUUUUAAGUGUAAAAAUGUCCUGAAACCAAAGUUUAAGAAUUACCUACGAAGAUUAAAACUUGCACACACAAUUAGUAAGUAAUAGACCUAAUUAAAUCUUGACAGCCUGACCUCUGUCAAUGUUCUCAUUAUUGAUUUUUUUGAUGUAGGGCUUCAAAAAGAUGAUCUCUUACCUCAGGAUUAGGGAAUCCUAGACAGAUGAGCAGAAUGUGUUCCUAGUUUUCACUGAUUAUACCUAUAAGAGUCUUGGCAUUCAAUGCUAUUCCAAUUAUGGACAAAAAGGCAUCUGGAGCCCUUACCCUAGUAUUAUUCAGAAGAUGACUCCUUUUUGUUAUUUAAAAUAUGAAUAAAGUGAUGACCCAUUCCCAUCUUGGGUCAGGUUUUUUUUUUUUUUUGG